UCAUUUCUGCUUACAAACAAAUUUAGUUCGUCUUAGGUCUUAGCAUUUAUUCGAAGAUUUACUUUUCUAAUAAACGUUCGAAAAUAUUUAUUUGGUAAUUUAUAGGUGCGGUGUGAGUAACUCGAUUGACAGUUUGUAAAAAUCGAACAAUAAAUUUUGUUAAAUAUAAUCAAAUAAUGAACCUGAAAAGAAUGUUAUGAUAUCUAUAAUUUAGUAUAUUCUUCCAUUUCAUCGUUAAUAUGGAUUUUGGUACUUUACUAAGUGUGGCCCAGAAAAAUGAAAAUAAUAAGCAGUCAAUUGCUUGUUACCAAACAAAAUUUUCUCCACCAAAAAAACCAACGAAGCAGAGUAAAUCACUUUCGGACAAUAUAAAAAAAUUUUUAGCUCGUAAGGAAGAAGAAGAACGCCAGAAAGCAUUAGAAGAAAAGAAAAAAAGAGAGAAUUUAUUAGCGCUUCGUGAUCAUAAAGCCCAAAGUCGAAUAAAUAAACAUUUGAAAGUAUGUAAAGCUGCAAAUAAAUCCGUAUUGCCAGAUGCAAUUGACAAUGAGAACACAGCUGUUACAAUGGCAGGUCCUUCACAACCUGAUGAAGACGACUAUGGAUAUGUUUCGCAGGAAGCAUCUGCAUUUUAUAAUCAGUUAAUGAGUAAAUACAACAAUACGACUUCGCAAAAACCAGCUUUCGAUGACUGCCGAAAAAGGACAAUAAAAGAUAUAGCAUCUACAAAGGAUAGAGUAAAACUAGCUUUAAAACAGCAAGAAGUGGAAGAAGCUUUAGGACACCGUCGGAAAAGAAAACAUCCCGUAAAAGAGGCAGAAUUAGAGGUAGAGGAAAACACUGAAAAAGAGACUAAAGAUGAUAAAAAGGAAAAAGAUGAGAAACCAAAAGCCAAGAGGAAACCUAUGCCACCACCAAUUGAUUUUACUGAAUUACUAAAAAUUGCUGAAAAGAAACAACAUGAACCAAUCAUUAUCGAAGCUAAACCAAAAAGUGACGAACCAGAAAGGUUAUUGACGAAAAAACAAAUGAAAGAAUAUGCAAAAGAAAAAGAAUGGCGAGAACGAAAGGAACAACGAAAUAAACUUGGCAAUAUGAAUAAUAAAGAGGGAAAUGUUACGACAUCUAAUAAACUAAAUAAAACACAAGAUUGUCGUAAUAAUGCCAGUUCUUCUAAUAAAAUAUCAAAAGUAUCUGAAAAAUUAACCACAGUAUCAUCAAUUUCGAAUAAAACUCUUUCCAAAGCAACAGGAUUACAAUCAUCAACUUCUAAAAAAGGAGGUGUUGAGAAACCUAAUCUCAAUAAAGUUACUCCAAACAAGUCCAACAUUUCAAAAACAUCUGAGAGAGACAUACUCUCUGAGGAAAGAAAAAGGUUGGAAACAGAGAGAAAAAAAUUAGAAGAAAUGCGACAAGCAAUUGAAGAAGAAAAAAAGAAAUUAAGAUUAAACAAAACUCAGAUUGAAGAUAUGAAAAAUCCGAAAAUUGAGAAGUCAGUAUCAAAAAUGAAAGUAGAGAAACAAGAGUUAUCGAAAAACAUACAUAAAGAAUCUCCAGCAAUUAGCGUAACAAAGUGUCGUAUACCAAAAGCAAUGAAUGAUAAAAUAAAACAAUUUCCACCAGCAGACAUGAAGCCAAUCAAAUCUAAACAAAUGCUUCAUUCAAAGGAACAGAGGAAGUCACUGGUUAACCAUAAACGUCGUAUAAGAGACGAGGAUGAUGAAGAGGAAUAUGACUCUGAGCUUGAAGAUUUUAUUGACGAUGAUGUAGAAGAAGGAAAUGAAGAUUAUAGUAAAUAUAUAAGCGAAAUAUUCGGUUAUGAUAAAAAUAAAUAUAAAUAUGUAGAUAAUGACGAUGACACAGCUAUGGAAAGCAGUUUUGCACAACAGCUCAAGGAGGAAUAUGUAUCUACUAAAAUAGGUAUUAUGGAAGAUUUAGAAGACAUGCGUAUGGAAGCUUUGGAAAAAAAAAGGAAAGCUCUCUUUAAAAAAAAAUUUAAGAAGUAAUUAUAAAAUUGUUUACAAAUUUCUAUAAAAUUCUAUUUAAUAAACUAUUACAUGCUUAUAUGAAUCCAAAUCUACUAAAAUUUUCACAUCCUAAGAAAUUAAUUUUUAUUCAUUCUAUCAUCCAUAUUGAAUCUUUUCAAACAUAAACAGAAUUAAGUAUCACUUCAAUUUCUACAAUUAUUGGUACGGUAGAACUUUGUUUAUUCGGAUCUCAUUUAUACGAGUACGUUAUUGUUUAGCGUCAAUUAGAUGAAGUUAUAACUGAACCUUCGUUAAUUGAAUUACUGUCCAGCAUACUUUCUGUUAUACAAAAGCGUGUCCUGAAAUCAUACACGUUCGGUAUGAACUGACUGUUUAUGAUACACGAUUGAAUGUUUGGAUCGAAAUUGUUGUUCAAUCUCACUUAUCCAAUCGUCGGUUCUUAUUAUCGAAACUAAUAAGAACAGCUGGUAAAGAUGGCUAGUGAACUGUUAUCCUUAGAAUUCGUUAAUUAACUGAAGGGCCUUGUCCCGCAACAUAUUCGGAUAAACGAAGUUAUCCUGUGAUAUAUGAAUAACGGGAGAAAUAAUUGUUUAUGACAAAGAGAGAUAAACAAAUUAUUUCUUUCUGUAUUUAAAAUAUAUAGAUAAAUCGUCCAAAAUAAUAAAACUUUGUGCAUGUUAAUGAUUUCUUUCUCAUAACGUUAAAGAGCUUAUUUAUGUUAAAAUUAUCACAACAUGGACAAAUUUUUAAAUAAUGUAAAAUUAUUAUUAUUAUUAUUGUUGCUGUUGUUACUUACAAUACUUUUACCGUCAUUAUUAUUUAUUUCCCAGGAUAUGAUAUGCCAGUUUUAUAAUUAUAAAUCGUAAGUAAUAGGUAAAAACACAGGUACAAACACAUUUCUAAGGCAUACAUACAUUACAUAUUCAUAUAUAUAUAUAAUGUAUAAUGUACUUGAAUAAAGUAUAAAAUAACAUGUUUA